AGUUUUACGUCGUCAAGUCGCGGAUGAAACGCUUGCCGUCGCUGGGAAAAAUAUCGAACACUAGUCUUGUGCGUGGUAAUGAUCUAUGCGAAGAAAUUGUGAAUUUUUGUGUGAAAAUCUCUGAAAACCGUGUCCUUCCGUGCAAGGAUCAUCAGAAGACCUAUCAUCAAAAAUGGAUUACGAUGAUUUGAUGGCCAAUUUGGAUCUUUCGAUAUGCCGAUCAAUCUGUCGAUUGUGUCUCGGGACGAAUGGAAGGAUGGAAGACCUGUUUUUCAACGAAUCUGACGAACAUUUAAGCGAGAAAAUUUUUCAAUGCACUACGGUUCAGAUGGUGCCUGCCAACGGAAUAAUUUCAUCAAUCUGCUCGAUGUGUAAGCAGAGACUCACGGAGUUGUACCAAUUCAGAGAACAAUGCAUGAGAUGCGAAGAAAUAUUCCAAAGUAAAGUUGAGAAGAUGGAAAACGUGACCAUCGAGGUGGAGCCGGAUAUAUUUGGAUUGCACAGUGACGACGAGAAUGGCGAAAGCUACAUCAGUGCAGGAUCGAUUGAUAUCAAGGAUGAACCUGAAUGUUGGAAUGGGAUGGAUUUUGAAGAUGCCAUGGGUGUCAAUGGGGGAGCUUUUCUAAUUAAGUCCACCUCACACGUAGACCAGGAAGUGGAAGAUGAUUCUUUCGUCGAAAAUCACGAUGAUAGUAAUGACAAAUUUGAUAAACUUUAUACCUUGACACCUGCCGAACUGGAUCUCAAAUCGUUGGUGGUGUACAUCAAAGACAAAAAGCAUUGGAAAUGUCCUCAUUGUGAGAAAUACUUCAACCAGUCAGGUAACCUAAAGUCUCACAUCAAUACACAUACCGGUUAUAAACCGUACACAUGUAACCUUUGUCAUCGGUCCUUUGCCCAGAAAAGCAAUCUCAACUAUCAUAUGAGGGCCUCACACGAUCCUCAACGUCCAUUCAAGUGUAACGAAUGCGAUCGGGCAUUUACCUCGAUGGACCAGAUGGUGGCGCAUCUCAAGAGCAAACACGUGCAGCGACCCACAAACCCAAACCGUAGCAUUCCGCCGAAAAAGCACCACUGCCCGUACUGUGGCAAAGGCUUCUCGCAAAGUUUCAACCUCAAACUGCACGUCAAUACGCACACUGGCGAGCGGCCCUACAAGUGCGAUAUCUGCGGAAAAAACGUUCACCCAGCGAAGCAAUCUGAAUGUGCACACGAACAAGACUCACAAGGAUAAGGUGCAACCGCAGGAACAGCCACAGGAACAACAACCGGAAACGAUAUUGUCGUGAGAUAAGAGAAGGAAAAUGCUUCCCAUUGCCAUUGAUUGUAUUAAGGAAAACAAAGUUUUAUAGACAUAGAAAAAGGAAAUGCGUGUACUGGUGCAUUUGUUUGAUUUUGUGCUGAGGCAUCACAUUGACAAAAAAUAUAGAGAGUGUAUCCUUCAGAUACUAGUACAAAUGUGACAUUUUAGGUAGAGGAUAUCUCAAGCAAAAUGCUUGGUCGUUAAGGAUUGCAAUCAUAAAAAAUGCUCGAAAAACUCCCAAUACCUAAGAACAACUGGGUAUUACAGUAACAUUGACGAUAUACUAAAUAUGAAUAAGAUAGAAAAAAGUAAAAACACGAUGAAUGCCAAGUAGGUACUCAUAGACUACUCAGGUAUGUAGAAAAAUCUCCAAAGUAAAUUUUAGAUUAAAAAAAAUAUAAAUACAAUAAGGGCAUUGAAUAGUGAACGAGUAAAAUAUUUUAGUAUAUCGAUACCUAACUUAAUUCAAACCUUUAAAUUACAAUUCACUGAUUUCAAAGGUUUUUGCUUGACCCUUAUCUUUUAAUAUAUUUUUCAUUUUUAAAGUGUAUAAAACCUUCAUUUAUAAUGAAUAAAGAAAAAAGAACCAGA